GGCUAAGUAAGUAAUUUUCAGCAAAUCGAGUCGAGUGGGUUUUUGAGUACUAAACGUUGUUCUUCAACGGCUCGAAAUUUCAUGUAGUUUCCGAUAGGAGAAUCCGCAGUUUGAGGAGAGAGAGAGAGAGAGAGAGAGAGAGAGAGAGAGAGAGAGAGAGAGAGAGAGAGAGAGAGAGAGAGCGAGAGCGAGCGAGAGAGAGAGGUAUAGAAAGCUCGGGUAACUUGAGCAAGUUGAGUGCAUUUGGGCAAAUGGGGCUGGUGGAAGUAAGCCGCAAAGCCAGGCGCGAUUUCAGCUACCUGGGUGCGUGGAGUGUGAUAGUUUGAGGCCCUGAUUCGAGCAAGAUGAGUGUAUUUAAGUAAGCAACGGGGCACACAACCUUGAUUAUUUUGGACAUUUGGAGUACCAAGGGUACGCUUACAUGUAUUUGGGGCAUACGACCUUGAUUAUUUUCAACAUUUUGAGCACCAAGGGUAUACUUGCAUGUAUUUGACGCCUUCUGCCGUCUCCUUCUUGCAUUGAAGAAGGCAAGAGGUCGAGUGUCUGCUAGUCGUGGUAAUUGCUGUCGAUUGUACGUGGGAGUAUAAGAGGAGAGUAGUAGGAGGAGGAAGAGGAAAGUGGGAGGAGGAGGAGGAGGAGGAGGAGGAGAGGGAGGAGAAGGAUAGCGGGAGGAGGAGGAGAGUGGGAGAGGAGGGUGGCCCAUUGCAGUUCGAUCAAUGGCUGCUUUCCGCUUGAUGGUAUUCCUGCUUUUGCUAGCUGGGACGCAAUGUAUAGUUGGGGAGUACAGCGGCACACCUACCGGGGCGGAGAACUUCAAAAUCGAGGUCAUGCAAUUGGUAGAUCGAUGGCUUGAUGGACUCAAUCAACCAUCCAGUGAACGCUUGGGAUCUUUUGAUGAUGGGAAUGGAGGAGGAGGAGGAGGAGGGAGCGGAAGAGAAGGGGGGAAUGGGGAGCUAGGCUUCUUCGGUCAGGUCAACAGGAGCGACCAAAGCCAUUUGGAGACAGGCAGGGAGGUGAGGAAUGCCUAUGCUACGAUGCUCUACGUUGGGACACCGCGAGAUUGGGAGUAUUAUACGGCAAUGCGGGUCAUGUUAAGGAGCUUGCUUAAGACACGUCCGCGUGCUGAUGUCAUCGUUCUCGCGACGAGCGAUGUGCCUGAGGAUUGGAUACACACCCUACGUUACGAGGAUGGGGUCCAAGUUGUCAUUGUGCCGAAUGUACCAAGCCCGUACCACGAUACAGACCCUACAUUCAGCAAGCGAUUUGUUCAUGUGUUGAAUAAGCUGUGGGCUUGGGGCCUCGUCAAGUACGACCGCAUUGUUAUGCUAGACUCGGACGAUCUGUUUCUUCAGAACACGGACGAGCUUUUCCUCUGUGGAGAGUUUUGUGCGGUGUUCAUUGAUCCGUAUCGAUUCCAUACGGGGCUCUUCGUUCUCAAGCCUUCAAGAGAAAGAUUGUAUGAGGUGUUUGCCAAGUUGGCGAACACAUCGUUCACUCCCUCUGACGGUGGAGAUCAGGGCUUCCUCAUUGCAUCUUAUCCGGAGCUUCUUGGACAACCCUUAUUUGUCCCGCCAAGCGAUGGCGUUGCACUCAAUGGGACUUUCCGUCUCCAGUUUGGUUAUCAGUUGGAUGCGUCAUAUUACAACCUGAAGCACCACUGGCAAAUACCAGCAUCCAUGGCGAAGGUAAUAACCUUCCCUGCUGCACCAUCAUUGAAACCAUGGUACUGGUGGUCUUGGCCUCUUCUGAGUUUGUCACUGAAAUGGCAUGAGCAGAGACGUGAGCUGCUCGGGUACAAAAAGGAGGCCCCGGUCUUGCUCGGGCUUGCGCUGCUGUGGAGCGUGCUGGUGUUCUGUGGUGCCUUGCAAAUGAUGAAAUGUGUCCGUGAGAACUUGUCGCAGGAGUUUGUCGAUUACUUGCCGAUCUCUUACUUCCUCGAGGAGCACUCGCAGGAUUCGGUUUCCCACAUACAGGGCGGGAAGGGAGUCGUCACCUCCAAGGAGACCGAAGGGACAAAUGGCGUGGAUUCGCCAAGCAAAUGUUCUGCAGGUAGUGGGCUCCUGAGGUCUCCGGACUGGAAGCUCUGCUCUGAGUCUAAAGAGCAAGCGAGGGCCGUUCAUUGUCCAACUGUGAAAGUGUCGUUCGUUGUGCUGUUGGUCCUGUCAUACAUUGUUCCGGGGCUUCUUAUUCCCAGCACCGUCUACUGUCGUGUAGCUUGGGCCCUGUACUUUGGAGGGACCUUAAGCUGCUUGUUGUGCCUGUGUGGGCUGUACUCGGCUCCGAUCGCCAUGUUCGCUCCGUGGCUAAUCGGACUGUUUACAUUUUCUGUUCUGGCCCCUCCGUUGCAUCGAAAUGCUUUAGAAGAACUCCUCUUUCUGUUUUUCAUGACAGCAAUCUUUGGUGCCUCAACCGUGCACCUGGUCCGGGAGCUGACAAGCUGGAAGCCUCGGGCUCUCUUGUUGAAGAGAGGGUGGACUAAAGGAAACCCUGCAUGGCAUUUGCUGGCGACCUUUCAUCUCCUUGCUGUGCGAGUGCGCAGUUGCUGUGGCAGCCGAGCGAUCUGUAGGCGGUAGAUUGCGAACAUAUAUCGUAGCUGUAGCAUCUGCCAGUGGAAGGGGAGUGGAGGCGGUUGGCCGUAGAACUGGCGUAUUUCCAUGCCAUGCUAUAGCAUGGGUCCGUUUUCGUACUCAUUUCAACACACCCGAACGCAUAUUAGUUCUGCCUACACGAUGUCGAUCCGAGUGUGUACCCUUUCAGAUAACAGAAAUAUAUUAUGCAAUUGUCAUAACAUUACGUCCGAGAUGAGAUGAAGAUACGAUAACCACCCCACAUUGUAUUCAGGGGGGACGGGGCGGUUGCUUUAAUGAGGUAUUUUGUACAGACUUGAGACAGAGUGCGCCUGACUGGCUGUUGGGAGGGGCCUAUGAAAGAGCACUAGCAAGGACUAGGUUAUGUUGCAUCGGAGGUGCGGUCGAUUGAAAUAUUGCUGGAGGAAAUGAAACCGAGGGAGGAUUUUUUUGGAACCCGACCGUGACCGUUUACACGGAGGAGGGCGCUGACAAACUUCCCACCCCUUCAGCAGCUGCUUGUGGUCUAGAAACUUUAGAUGCUUUAGAGAAGUGGAAUGUAUGUGUGAAGUUUUAAGUUUUAUAAAAUUGCACGUCGCGCGGUGCUUACGGUCACGCAAAAUGGUAAAGACUUGGGCAGAGAUUCUGGGGGCAGAGAUUCUGUGGGCGGCGGCUGAAGUCGAGGAAGUGCCGAGUGCCGUUGUCGACGUUUACUGAGAGCGCGCAUUUUCGAGCACGUGUUUGACUUCGACUUGGGAGCUCGUUCAGACUACGGGCUGAAGUCGAAGGUAAUUCAGGGUGAGAGGGAGUUGAGAAAUCGUCGUUGGAGUGGGGAGAAGACUGUUCGGGUUCAGCAGGAGGAGGGCUUGUUCGCCUUAGAACGAAAUGUGGAUAUCGAGUAUAUUAUUAACACACUGCCGUGUGUGUGCUUAAGAGACAGCAUGAAAGGUAGGUGAUGGGAACGACUGUUCAUCGUGCACAUCGAUGUAGGCAAUCGGGACAACGGUUGGCAUGCAUGUGUUUUAGUCGGCACGAUGGAAGGUAGGUUAUGGGAACAACCGUUCAUCGUGCACAUUGAUGUAGGCGAUCGGGACAACAGUCGACAUGCAUGUGUUUUAGUCGGCGCGAUGGAUGGGAGGGAAGGGCUAUAUAUGGAGUGGAGUGUCCCUCUCCUCUCAGCCUAUGGAUUGCACCUGUCCAUGGCACGAAGAGCUCGAAUUUCGAGGUGGUAAAUCUUGUUUUGGAUGUUCUAAAAAUUAUAAUCUUGGGUUUCAUGGCGAUGAUCCCUUGUCCUCUCUUUUUUUGGGUGUAAAGAUGUAGCUGCGGUUGUUUGAUCAACACUACGGAACGGAUUCGAUUUGUAGAGACUCGCUUCGAUUUGUAGAGACUCGCACAAUUUUUCUCUCUGUCCCUCUGGAUGUCCUUUUGACAAGGGCUAGUAGCGACUCGCACAUUUUUCUGUAUGUCCCUCUGUGAAGUGCUACAGCAGCAAGCAGGGCAUCCACAGCAGAGAGAACCUGAUAGCAGCUUCAUGAGGACAAAACAAAAGGUGUCAAGAAGC